AUGAACAUUUUCCGCAUUCUAGCGGACUUGUCCCACCUCAUCUCCAUCCUCAUCCUCCUCCAAAAGAUGCGAUCCUCCCAUAGCUGCUCCGGCAUAUCCUUCAAAUCGCAAGCGCUCUAUAUGAUUGUCUACUCGACCAGAUAUCUCGACAUCUUCUGGACAUUGACUUCAGGCUCACUCUACAACACCAUCUUCAAGCUUCUCUUCCUCUCCGCCCAAGCCUACACCGUCUAUCUCAUGCUGAAUGACUACAAACCAACCCACGACCCUAACAUCGAUACCUUUAAAGUCGAGUAUCUCCUAGGCGGCUCAGCCGUCCUCGGUAUCCUCUUUCCCUACAAAUACGAGAUCUCUGAGAUCUUAUGGGCAUUUUCUAUCUGGCUUGAAUCUGUCGCAAUCUUACCGCAACUGUUCAUGUUGCAACGGACAGGCGAAGCAGAGACAAUAACGACACACUAUUUGUUUGCGUUGGGGCUGUACAGGGCGCUAUAUAUCCCGAAUUGGCUGUACAGGUAUUUUGCUGAGGGUUACGUGGACCAGAUACCAUGGAUCGCAGGGGUGGUGCAGACGGUGCUGUACUCGGAUUUCUUCUGGAUAUAUUAUACGAAGGUGUUGCAGGGUAAGCGCUUCAAUUUGCCGGUGUGA